AUCAUGUAGGAGUCUAUUUGCUGGUAACCAUCUAGAUUCACAUAUCGCUGGACUUUUAAUUUAGCCAGAUUAGGUCCCAUGCGCACUAUCACACCGUCUACAUUACCCAUAAAGCAACGAAGCGCAAUUCAAUCGUGGCCGUGUCUGUUCCUUUCCAAGGUUGAACAUUCCAUCGUCAUGGGCAAUACCUAAAGCAGAUGCUCGACAGCGGCGUACGGAGGGAUCCUUACUGUGAGCAGAGAAACACGGGGCCGGCCAAAUAACAUGCAAUCAGGCCUUCUAAGUCGUCCGAAGCUACUCUCUCUUAAGCAAAUGCCAGAAUCUCCCGACCAACGUUCUUCCCAAACCAGCUCGUUUACAAUCUCUUGCUCACUACGCAUCACCUCUGAUGCAGAACCUACACUUGCUCGACGACAAGAACGAUGGCAUUGAGGCACCCGUAUCCCAACGUUUAUAAGUUCUUCAACCAAUUCGCCGCCCCAGAUCAGGCCUCGCCCGAGCAGUCGUCCAGGAGUCAAGGGCUUCGAAAGAGUGGGCCGAGGUCGAAGACCGGUUGUCAGACGUGCAAACAACGACGAGUGAAAUGCGACGAAACAAAACCAGGGUGCGUGCGAUGUCAAAAUCUCGGUCGGGAGUGUGGAGGAUACGCACCUGAAGCGCUUGACGAUUCAUCCAAAAAUGUCGCGCCCGUUCCGAUCCAUCCACGACCGAUGUCUGUAAUGCAAUAUGCACCAUCCGUCGCAAUUCCAGGAACUCCAGACGAACGACGGUACUUCCAACGGUUUUGUGAUAAGACUGCAGCGGAAAUAUGUGGGUCUUUCGACCCCACAUUCUGGACUGAAAAGGUCCUCCAGCUGUGUCAUACGGAUGCCCCCAUAAGAUAUGUCACGAUAGCUUUAGGAGCACUUGCGAAGUCUCUGGAGGUCACAUCGUUUCCGACACGACUUUCGCUUUCGGGUUUCCCACAGAUUGAUCAUCAACAUCUCGAUGAGCAUCACAAGUUUUCCCUGAGGUUAUACAGCAGAUCGAUUGCCACUUUACGAGCUAUUCUUUCCGAUGGACGCCGUCACCUGAGGACAUCGCUCACUUGUUGUGUGCUAUAUAUGAGCUUCGAAGCCCUCCAAGGAUGUUACGAAGGCGCCUUGACACAUCUUCGAGGUGGAUCGAGACUUCUUGCAGACUGGAGAACAGCACGGCGAGGACAAAGCUCCAGAUUAUCACAGGAUUCUCUGUCUGAGAUUCAGGAUGGGCUCGUCGACGAUCUCGGAAGGAUGUUUGCGCGGCUCGAUGUCCAAGGAUUAUUUGUUCCCCCACCCUUCCCCAUGCCGGAAUCGGACUGGGAAGAUGUUGUCGUAGCAGAAUCAUUCGACAGCGUGCAGGAGGCACGAGAAUCGUUUGACUUCUUGAUGCAAGGAAUAGGACAAUUCUAUCGGAAAUCAGUCGCUCACUCGUACCAACAUCCAGAAAAGCUCACCUCGCCAUUUUGGCUUCACCAACACAACCAUUACUCCACACAACUAGACCAAUGGCGGACAUCAUUCCAGGUCAUUUUCGCACAAGAAGUUCGAGCAGGAGACAUUAUGGCCAAUUCAUCUGACAUGCUGAGUAUAUACUUCAACGUCGCUACAGUCCUUCUCGCUUCUAGCGUGGAACACACUGAACUCCUCUACGACGAAUACAACGAACUAUUCGCCGAAAUCGUAACAAAAGCACAACAACUCAUCCAGAGUUCUGAAGACCCCAGCAAUUCUUCUCGCUUCACUCUAGACAUGGGCACCAUUCUCCCUCUCAUGGUCACAGCAACAAAAUGUCGAGACAGACGAAUACGACGACAAGCCAUAACACUACUAUGGUCGAAAGCCCGACGAGAGGGUCUCUGCUACGAUACUAUCACCGUAGCACGUCUCUGUGCCUGGCUCUCGAGUAUCGAAGGGGACGGGAUCCAAGAUGAUGCGGAGCCCAUUCCCGAAGCACGACGAUAUACGAUUAGUUAUAUGCAUCUCAGUUCCGAGGAACGGUGGUUGGCGGUACAGCUCACUUCUGCUAUGACAAAUGAUAGUGGAAAUCAUACUUAUAGGGAAACGACAUUUUCUUGGUAAAUGAAGUAAAGGAAAGCAUUCAAGCGACAGGAGUUCAAGGAUGGCGCUGAUGGGGCAUGGGGCAUGGUGAAAAGUGGUACGGCGAAUGGCAAAGGCACACAUCCCGAGUGGCUUAAUGCUGGUUCAUAUACCU